AUGAAAAAUUCGAAGAAGUCUCAUUUAGAAGUGGUUCAACGAGUACUUAGAUAUGUGAAGAGUACAAUAGACUAUGGUCUUUUAUACAAGAAAGGUGGAAAUUGCAAACUAGUUGGCUACUGUGAUGCUGACUAUGUAGGAGAUCACGAUACUUGCAGAUUAACUACUGGGUAUAUGUUUACCCUUGGAUCUGGAACGAUCUCUUGGUGUAGCAAGAGACAACCAACUGUGUUCUUAUCAAUUACGAAAGCAGAGUACCGAGCAGCAACAAUGGAAGCUCAAGAAAGCACAUGGAUGAUACAACUAAUGAAUGAUCUACAUCAAUCAGUAGAUUAUGCAGUUAUGUUGUACUGUGACAACCAAUCGACAAUUCGGCUAGCGGAGAAUCCUGUUUUCAUGCAAGAACUAAACAUGUGGAAGUGCAUUAUCACUUUGUAA